AUGGCCUCGGGACGUCUUGAAGGCAAAGUAGCCCUCGUCACAGGCGCAGCAUCAGGGUUCGGCAGAGGCAUUGCCGAAAAGUUCACCAAAGAGGGAGCCAGAGUUGUCGUUGCAGAUCUCUCAGAAGAUACUGGGAAGGCAGCAGCCUCUGAACUGGGCGGCAUCUUUGUCAAGGCAGAUGUUACGAAAACCAGCGACUGGGAGAACUUGUUGAGCGAGACCUUGAAGGCAUUCGGGCAGUUGGACAUUGUCGUCAACAACGCCGGUGUUACCUAUCCAAAUAAACCAACCGAGGACGUCACGGAGAAAGAGUUUGACCUGGUCUUUGACGUCAACGUCAAGUCCAUCUACAUCUCAGUCCACGUCCUGCUGCAAAAGUAUUUCCUGAAGGAGAACCGACCCGGUUGCUUUAUUCAAGUUGCCUCCACAGCUGGCAUUCGACCUCGCCCGCGCUUGACGUGGUACAAUGCAUCCAAAGGAGCAGUCAUCACCGCGACAAAGUCCUUGGCCGUGGAAUAUGGCCCUCAGCAGAUUCGGUUCAAUGCCGUCUCGCCUGUUGUCGGCAGCACUGGAAUGACGCACUUGUUCCUGGGUAAGCCCGAUACAGAGGAGAAUCGGGCAGGUUUUGUUUCUACGGUUCCUCUGGGACGGCCAUCUACACCAGCAGACGUUGCCAAUGCUUGCUGCUAUCUCGCCAGUGAGGAGGCCGGUUUCAUUACCGGUGUGAAUAUUGAGGUGGAUGGUGGACGAUGCGUGUAG